AUGCCUUCCUCAAAACGACACAGAGUAUCAGAAGACGAUCCUCUCACUCUAGCAAUCGCACCUCCCCCUACAGAAUCUCCUGCAGAACGCGAGGAACGACUUGCUGCGGAACAAGAAGCAAAGCGUGUCUCUGACGCAAUCGACGACGAACUCAACAAACAACGUAUCUCAGAGAAGAAAGGUCCAAAGGCAAUCAAAAUACUCCUCCUAGGCAAAUCGACAACUCUGAAAAACUUCCAACUCAUGAACUCUCCAAAGGCAUUUCGCUCAGAACGUGCAUCAUGGAGAGCAGUCAUCCAACUCAAUGUCGUUCAAUCUAUCCACGCAAUCUUGGACCUAAUGUCCAAAGCACAUUCCUCAGCCCACCCUUCCACCUCCUUGACUAACUUGACAAAUCUACCCAAUCCACCCCUCAAGGAAUACCCUCCACUCAACCCAGAACAUUUGAAGCUCAAGAUGCGCUUAGCUCCCUUACUACAAGUCGAGGUCGCCCUCAUAAAGAAGCUUCUCCCCAAUGGCCAUGCCCAGCUCUCCAAAUUAGCUAAUCCCGCGCAAUCCCUUCCUAUUCAGCAAGAGAUCAGCGUCAACUCUUCCGCAGGCUGGAAGAACACCUUCAGUCGCCUCAUGGGCCGAAACAGCUGCGACAGUGCAGAUCUAAUCGACUGGUCAGACCCAGACGACCCUGGCGUCGUUUUAAACGCUUGCGCAGAAGACAUGAAACGCCUCUGGACAGAUCCUAUCAUCCGAAAAUUGAUGGACAUCGAGAAAAUGAGACCGGAAGAGAUGGCUGGCUUCUUCCUUGAUGCACUGGAUCGCGUGACUUCCCCCCGAUACGUGCCCACUGACGACGAUGUUCUCCGCGCGCGGCUAAAGACUCUCGGAGUGUCGGAACAUCGAUUCACUAUGAAAACAGGUUCCAUGGGAUCACCAAUGAGCCAUGAUUGGCGCGUGUUCGAUGUUGGCGGCCAGAGAUCACUGAGAGCCGCGUGGGUUCCAUACUUUGAUGAUAUGAAUGCCAUCAUUUUCCUGGCACCCAUAAGCUGCUUUGACCAGGUUCUCCAAGAAGACCCUUCCGUAAAUAGAUUGGCCGAUUCUUUCCUUCUUUGGAAAGCUAUCGUGUCCAAUCCCCUGCUGAAGAAGACGGAGCUCAUCCUCUUUCUAAAUAAAUGCGAUAUCCUGCGCGCCAAGCUCGCAUCAGGCAUCCGCUUGGCUGAUUACAUCGUCAGCUACGGGAGUCGGCCGAAUGACUUUGAAAGUGCUAACCUGAAGAAGAAAUUCGCUGGCUUGCUAAAAGAGCAUUCUCCCGAGCGACUAUACUAUUUCCAUCUUACAUCAGUGACUGACACGAAAUCGACGACAUACAUCCUCGAGAACGUGCAAGAUGUUCUCGUUCGCGAUAACCUGAGGAGAAGCGCGCUUGUAACCUGA